UAGAGCGCAGGCGCAGCAGCAGCCUGAGCUCGCGCUGCUGAAAGACCAAAAAACUAACUUUAUUUUAUUUUAUUUUAUUUUACUUUAUUUAAAAUUUCUGUUUUUAUUAUUGAUCUGUUUCCCGGGAAACUGACGUCAGACUAGUGGACACCGGCACGAGACGCUUUGGAGCGCGAGACCUGCUGCUCGUGCAACGCGGAAGUUGGAAGUUGAUCAGUGAUGAAGAGGAGCCGCGUGCUCGCGCUGUUGGUGGGCGGGGUCUUCGUCGUGGCGUUGACGUCACUGUACCGGAUGCUGGAGCUGAUGCAGGGGGCGGAGCUUCGGCAGCAGGAAGCGCCACCUGCUGGACAGGUGGAGGAUGAUUUGUCCCGCCUCCAGCAGAAGAUUGACAGGUUGGAGCGUCUCCUUAGCGAUAACAACCGGCUGGUUGCUACGCUGCGUGACUCUCUGCUUCAACGCAAAGCAUCAUGGGAAACGGGAGGAAAGGCCAAUGGGAGCUCAGACUCCGCCCCCCGUCCCCCGCUGCCUGGCUGCCGAUUGGCUGAAGAGACGAAGGGCGGGACUGAUGGAGUGCAGCUGCUGGACGUGUACGACCUGCUGCCCUUCAAUAACCCCGACGGUGGCGCCUGGAAACAGGGCUUUCAGAUCAGUUACCAUGGCAACGAGUGGGAUGAGCAGCCGCUGGAGAUCUUCCUGGUUCCUCACUCGCACAACGACCCCGGCUGGUUGAAGACCUUUGAUAAUUAUUAUCAGGAUCAGACGAAACACAUUCUCAACAACAUGGUGAUCAAACUAUCAGAGGACAGCAGGAGGAAGAUGAUCUGGGCAGAGGUCAGUUAUUUCUCUAAAUGGUGGAACGAGCAGGACGAGCAGAAGAGAGCGAUGGUCAAACGGCUGGUGGGGGCGGGACAGUUGGAGCUGGUGACGGGCGGCUGGGUGAUGGCUGACGAGGCAAACUCACAUUACUACGCUCUGCUGGAUCAGCUGAUCGAAGGUCACCAAUGGCUGCAGAGACACCUGGGUGUGAAGCCUCGCUCUGGUUGGUCGAUCGAUCCGUUUGGCCACUCCCCCUCUAUGACGUACCUGUUGAAGGGGGCGGGGCUUGGUCACAUGCUCAUCCAGCGCGUUCACUACGCCGUGAAGAAACAUUUCGCACGGCAACAGACACUCGAGUUUCUAUGGCGACAGAGCUGGGACGCCUCCCCCCGCAGUGACAUCACGUGUCACAUGAUGCCGUUCUACAGUUACGACGUUCCGCACACGUGCGGUCCGAACCCGGCGGUCUGUUGUCAGUUCGACUUCAUGCGUCUGCCGGGGGGGCGGGUCUUCUGCCCCUGGAGGAUCCCGCCGCAGCCAAUCACAGAGCAGAACGUCAAGGAGCGAGCUCUCCUCCUAUUGGACCAGUACCGGCAGAAGUCCCGCCUCUUCCGCUCCAACGUGCUCCUCGUUCCCCUCGGCGACGACUUCCGAUUCGUUGAGGCCGGCGAAUGGGACGCUCAGUUCCAGAACUACCAGAAACUGUUCGAUUACUUCCAGGAACACCCGGAGCUGAAGGUCCAGGCUCGUUUCGGGACCCUGUCGGAUUAUUUCGAGGCUUUGUCGCGGCGGCUCGGCUCGGCGGGAACCAAACUGCCGACGCUGCGUGGCGACUUCUUCACGUACGCCGACCGAGACGAUCACUACUGGAGCGGAUACUUCACGUCCAGACCGUUCUACAAGAGACUCGACCGCACGCUGGAGUCCACGCUCAGAGCGACAGAAAUCCUCUUCAGCCUCACACUGGCGGAGAUGCGUCGUUUCCAUGGCGAUGGUCGCCCGGUGGCUGAGUUCCCGGCGCGUGAACACUUCGGUCGGCUGACGGCGGGGAGACGGAACCUGGCGCUGUUCCAGCACCACGACGCCGUCACCGGCACGGCCCGCGACUCAGUGGUGGUCGACUACGGAACCAGGUUGUUUCAUUCCAUCCUGAACCUGCGACAGGUGCUGCAGAGCUCCGCCCACUGGCUGCUCCUAUUGGACAAGAGCCAGUACCACCACGACCAAUCAAAACCCUUCCUGCAAACGGAUGAUGUCAUGGCGGCGCAGGACGCUCUGCCUCAGAAAUCGCCGCUGACGCUCAGCAACGAGCCCAGGUCGUUGAUCCUCUUCAACCCGACUGAGCAGCUUCGUGAGUCCGUCAUCACCGUCGUCGUGGAUACGCCGGACGCUCAAGUGGUAGAUGCGGAGACGGGUCGGCCAAUGGCUGCGCAGAUCUCUGCGGUGUGGGCGGAGCCAAGCAGAGCGUCUACGGAAGCUUUCCAGCUCUCAUUCGUCGCUGAACUUCCUCCUCUGGCGCUCGUCGUGUAUCAUGUGACCAAAGCUCCAGCUGGCUCCGCCCACCGUGCUCACUACACCUUCGUGCACGGUGAGCCGGCGAGCGUGCACGCCGAGCACUUCCAGGUGUCCCGCCCCACCGAAGCCGAGGCCGACGCCCCCCUGUCGCUUAGCAACAAGCACGUCC